GCUUUGAUCCAUGGAUUGAAUCGUCAUUAUUAUUCGAAUGCUAUUAAUUAUCGAAAGAAUGAAUUAGAACAGAAAAUGUUGCUCAAUUUGCACAAAAAAAUUUGGACCCAUGGAUUGACGCUGCCAAACUUUACGGAACACACCGAGAUCAAUGGAAAGAGUGUCAAUAUUAUGAAAAAAUUUCAAACGAUGCUUACAUUGGCGGAAACUUAUAAUAAAUCGGUACAAGAGGAAUCAACCAUGACACAUGAACAAUUGAAAGCUCGACAUGUUGGAAAACAGGAUCCAAAGCGUCAUUUAGAAGAAAGUGGAAGAC